CUUACCGUGUGCUCUGUCCGACAACGUUACCUACCUAUCGCGGUGGUGUUGUCGACAAAGCUCUCUUUCUCUGCUUCCAUCAUCGGUCGGAACGUCUGCAAUUCGUAGAGUCCUCGGGGCUUCUCUCUCUCUCGCUUUCUGUGUGUACAGUCAGAUCGCUCGCACCGAAUGGGGACUUCACAAUCGCGGGAUGGGUCCGCCGUGCACGGUGGCACUCCGUGUGCGAGCCUUCCCUUCCGACGUGUACCACUCUCGACGCUGCUACUGCCGAGUACUUUGUCUGCGGUUGCUACUACGGCGUGCGAAGACCCCCCGCCUCCGCCGCCGCCCUUACCGGUGGAUUCCGGGAGUAGCACCACCGGCAAGAGUAGUACGCAAUCUCCGAGUAGCAGCAGUGCGCCUCCUCCGCCCCCGGCGUCGGGCGAGGAAGCCAAGAGUGAUGACAUUGCGUCCGCAGCUCAGGCCGCUUCCGCUUACGUCAACCCUGGACCUUUCGAACAAGCAAUUGGGGAAGGCAAACGAUUCUUCAUGCUCGAUACCUUUGACGGAUUCCGUUGCGACAUUAACAAACAAGCCAGUCCCUUCAUGCUAGUCCUGCACAAUUUCUGGUUGGGAACCUCCAUGCUUCCGGACGGACGCACUUCUACAUAUUCUUUCGUCACCCAGGUUGCGGACGAGGCCGGUUUCAUGAUGGCUCGUUGGGAUCCCGGACAGGCUUCCGUCAAUGGACGAGUUCAUCGGGCACUCCUCGGAGGACUCGCCAUGGGAAAACUGCAAAUCGGCGUCAGUGCUGAGGGCCAGAACGAUACGCUUUUGGGCGAAGUGGACUUUGGUGGGCACUCCUGGAUGGGUAAUCUGCGGUACGGCAGUAUGGGCGGUGGCGUCGUGUUGGGAUGCAAUUACAUGCAGGCGCUAACACCCGCCCUGCACAUGGGUGGUGACGGCAUGUACGUCGGUGCCAAUGGCUCUUUUCAAACCAACUACGCCCUCAAAUAUACCAUGCCGGCGUUGACGGGGGAAGAAGACUUGCCCACGACGACACCAGCCAAACCGGCGACGGGUAUGGAAACGGCCGGAUCCUCGACCCUGUGUGCCCAGUUCAAGCCUGGACAGGGUAUGGCUUCGCUGGAUUACAAACGCGUGGUUACACCCAAUCGUGUAACGCUAGCCUCCAGUUUGGAAUUUUCUCCGCUGUCGCUGGAAUCUCAACUCCUCGUGGCGGCCGAGUUCAAACUCAGCCGAUCGACGCUGAAUCUGUGUGUGGACGGUUCCGGACAUCUACAGUCCGUGCUGGAAGCCAAGCUCGGAAUGGGACAAGGCAGUCCGACUAUCAACUUUUCGGCGGAUAUGGAUCAUGCCAAGCAACAAAUGAGGUUUGGAUACGGAAUUAAAAUUGAAGGAUAGUCAAUCCCCUGCACAUUGCC